AUGGCGAAAAUAUCUGCAUUACAUCGAAACCUUUUGAUUCGAAAUAUGGAGGAGCAUCUCAUUCCUCCCGAUCCAAUGGACUGGGAGCCAACCCCUUCACAAGACCCUCUUCCAGUUCCAACUUCACAUCAUAACACUAUGCCUCAUCAAAAUAGCACCACUCAAACCCCUAUUCACGUCUCGCAACGCGUCCAGGCCAACUCUAAGACUCCUCAGGUGAACGCAGAGACAGCACCCACCACACCACCUCUGGCCCUGCUACUCUCGCCAAACGGAAAUUCACAGCCUUUGAACCUUCAGUGUUCUCCAACUCAACCUCGCCGUAAGACCCCCCCAAGCAAUGCCCUUUUUAAAUUGCAAAAGGCCAGAUCUCCUCCUGAGGGUUUGCCACAGGGGUCACCAAAUGUCAAUCAGAACAAUUCGGGGGGGUAUCUCCCAACGCAGGACGGUAUGACUGUGAAGUUUGAUCGAAGAAUAGGCGCUACAUGGAGAUGCAGCGGCAUCUCAUCCAUCCCAUUACCCCAAGUCAUCCAUCGAACUCUCAAUUCCACUCCAUGCAAGAGGAAUAUCGAGGCUGUUGGUGGCUACGAGCAGAGUGGUCGCGAGAAUCAACGUGACCUAGAGCUAGAGACGGCUUAUGGAAAUUCCCUACCAGAAUCACCCAUAGAUACGUCAAUGACUGACGCACCUUCUUAUGAAGGCUCUUCACUUGGAAGCUCCCCGCUUGCAACGCGCUCAACUGCAGCGUCCCCUUUUGCGGGCCCUCGGCUCGUAAUCGAACCAGUUGCAGACAAUCCUUUUGCGGCCUCUCAGCUUGCAACUCACCCCGUUGCAGCGUCGCCAGUCGCAGCUUCACCACUCACAGUGCGCUCAAAUUUACCUUCCUCUGCUGAAGCCUCUGGGGCCUCAGUUGCCCAAGUUUAUGUUCCUGAGGAUGCCGUACUCUAUCAAUCUGAAAAUAAACGUACUCCUAAGCGUUUCCCUGGCACUUGGCGGCUGGCCCCAACCACUACCCGUCAGCUGGCUAUACCACCAACUGAGCUAUUUCACAUGAGUGAAGCUGAUGCCAGCAUUGUUCGAGACCAAAUUGCGCUAAUGUCGGGUGCCCUGGUUGGGGAACCACGCACAUCAGCUCCAGGGAUGCUCACAUUCCUGCAACACGUUCUACGUCUACCCCCAUGGGUGAUAUAUGAGGUUUACUUCCCAACACUCAAAGCUAUGCGUUUCGCUUUCGAUACAGUUGGCAACAAAGCAAGUCGAACUUAUCGAGAGUUUGUCCAGGCCGCCGUUGAGGUCCAAGGGUGCGUAAAAAGAAGGGCCGUUGAGAUUUACGAUGGUGUGGUGCCAGAAUUUAUCCGGCGAAGAAUUCGACUGCGGCAACCACGGCAACAACAACAACAACAACAGAGCAGGAGUCGGCGCUGCCUAUCUGAAAAUGAACGCCACCGCCAAAAAGCUCGUAAGCUUGGCAUGGGUAUUAAGAAGACAGCCCCUCAGCAUGCACAGGUCACCAUUUACGAAUAUGAAGAUUCCAACGUCUCUCCACAUACCAACCUUCCGCCGUCUCAAAUGAUUAAGUCCUACAGACGCACUGCCAAAAAGGAUGCUGUGGUGAAAGGCUCGAAGAUCCAAAAGAAGCCACCUACCAGCAAAAUCAAAUUCCAGUCCAAGUCGACCACUGGUCCACUUCCUUAUGUGCCUCUAGAUCGCCGGAACAAAAAUCCUGUCCCGCGUCCUCUAAGAAAGGGUGUAUUCGUACCAGGAGCUUGGCCAAACGCAGUUCCGCGCAACGAAGCUGUCCUACGAGCUUUCCAUGAAUCUUAUCGAAAAUACACUUUUGCUGAAACCGGACACCUAGUUGACAAAUUGUCUCCUGAGGAGGAAGCAGCGGAAUUGGCUAAAUGUCAAGCUAUGUGUGAUCGAGGUGCCCAACGGGCCAAAUCUGUCAAACUUCCUUCUCCAGAGCCAGAGGAAGAGCUACCACUCCCACCGCUACCACAACUUCCAGCAGUCCCUGAAGCUUUAACCACACUUCCUCCGUUGACUCCACCUCGACGAUCUCUUUUCCUAGGGACUCUAGCUACUUCCCCUGAAGCUAUUACUCUUCAACCGACAUAUCCUGAAGCUAUUUCUCAACUCACUUCUUCUCAAGCUAUUCCUUCUCGUGCGGCAACUCCUCAGCCAACUCCUGAUCAAACUCAAACUCAAGUGACUCAAGUUCAAGCGACUCCUCAGCAGGCUCCAUCGCCACCACCUGGUGAAACAGUUGCUCAAUCAGAAGCCACAGAGUUACAAGAACUUCAGGAAGAGACAAAGGAGGCCCCACCAACUCCGGAUUACGAAGGAUAUCUGCCCAGCAAUGCUCAAGAGGCCGAGGAACGCCCAAACAAAGCAGUCCAAUGGCUCACGACAGAUUCGCCGAUGGGAAGGCCAGUCUCUUCAGUGCGAGCCUAUGAUCCUUUGUUCCCUAUAGUUCCUUCGGCUCAAGCGAUUUCAGAGGGCGCAGGUUCAGCUCUAGUGCCUAAAGACAAGGAAACCCUGGUAGACAAGUUGGUCCAGUGCAACCAGCUCUCUCCUCGAUCCCUGGAUGCCCCGUUCGUUAAACACCUGACAGCCGCGUGGGAAACUAAAGUUGACAGUGCGAUGGCGCACUCCGAUCACAGUAAGCUGGCCUCCACAUCACGUGGAGAGCCUAUUACUCGGAGGUCGCUUAACACUUGUUACAAGCGACGCACCUGGCUCAAUGACGAAGUAAUCAACGCAUAUCUUGCGUUGAUCGUCGACCAUGCACGUCGGGCUGCGGGGAAUUCUGGGAGGCAUGACAAGCCCAGGUACCACGCCUUCAGCACGUUUUUUUUCUCUAACCUUCGUGACAAAGGUUAUGAGAGCGUGCGGCGCUGGGCAAGUCGUGCCAAGAUCGGAGGGAGUGAGUUGUUGCGGGUGGAGAUGAUUUUCGUCCCCAUCCACGACAGCGAACACUGGACCCUUAUGGUUGUAAGACCGGUUGCUCGAACGAUCGAGCAUUUUGACUCUCUCGGUUCGCCCUCCUUGGCCCACAUUGCGACGGUGAAGAAGUGGCUCCGGGGUGAGUUGGGCGAACUCUUCGUGGAAGAAGAGUGGCGGGUGCUCCCCUCCAUCUCCCCGCAGCAAGAUAACGGCAGCGAUUGCGGGGUAUUCCUCCUGACGACCGCCAAAUUGGUGGCGUUGGGCAUGCCCCUGAAAUAUGGGGCUAGGGAUAUUCCCGAGAUCCGUAAAAGGAUCGUUGCCGAGCUGAUAAACGGGGGGUUCGAUGGUGAUUUCGACCCCAAGCUCGAGAUGGAUCCGGUUAAGUCGAUGCUAUAA